AAUUGUGGUGUCAAAAUUGCAAUUUUCUCAAAGUAAACAGAAAAAUUACCAUUCAAAAAACUCCUCUCCCUCACUGACAAAUUCACACCUCUGAAAACCCUUUUCGUUAAGCAAACCCCCACUGUCACUCCCAUGGAUCAUAUGCUCACUUCAAUCGAAGCAAAUUAAAUCUAUUUUGAAAGGGAUGUCCCUUCAUUGGAAAAUUUGACAUGUGAGCUCACAGCCAUACAUAAAAUGAAUGGCUAUAAUUUCUUGGAGCGUGCUAUCAAGGAUAUUCUUCGUGUAAUCAAUCCCUCAAAAGAGGAUUGGUCUGUCAGAUUUCAUAUUAUCAAUGAGGUUCGAGCUGUUGCUGAAUCCAUAGAAAGUCUAAGAGGUGCAACUGUGGAACCAUUUGGGUCUUUUGCAUCUAAUCUCUUUACAAAAUGGGGUGAUUUGGAUAUAUCCAUAGAGCUGCAAAAUGGUUCGUAUAUUUCAUCUCCUGGGAGAAAGCACAAGCAAAGUUUAUUGGGAGAUGUCCUAAGAGCUUUGAGAAAGAAAGGUGGAUUUCGUAGGAUGCAGUUCAUCUCCAAUGCAAGGGUACCUAUUCUGAAAUUUGAGUGCUAUGACAUCUCGUGUGACAUCUCAAUCAACAAUUUAAGCGGCCAAAUGAAAUCAAAAAUGUUAUUCUGGAUAAAUGAGAUCGAUGGACGCUUCCGUGAUCUGGUUUUACUGGUCAAGGAAUGGGCGAAAACUCACCAUAUCAAUGAUUCAAAAUCUGGAACUUUGAAUUCAUAUUCUCUUAGUCUGCUUGUAGUUUUCCAUUUGCAGACUUUGGCACCUCCAAUAUUACCUCCUCUUAGAGAAAUAUAUCCAAGAAAUAUGGUUGAUGACCUUACAGGUGUGAGGGCUGUUGCAGAAAAACAUAUUGAAGAUACUUGUGCUGUAAACAUAAACAGAAUUAAGUCAGAUAAGUUGAGGUUGAUCAACCGAAGCUCUAUGUCUGAGCUCUUCAUUUCGUUCCUUGCAAAGUUUUCUGACAUUUGUUCAAGUGCUUCUACACAUGGCAUUAGCCCAUAUGCUGGACAAUCGGAAGAUAUUGACAGCAACAUGAGAUGGUUGCCUAAAACCUAUGCACUAUUUGUUGAAGAUCCCUUUGAGCAGCCAGCAAACACAGCUAGGACAGUUAGCAGCAACCAAUUAAUAAAGAUAUCUGAUGCAAUUCAGGCGACUCAUGGAAUACUUACCUCACCAAAUCAAAAUCAAACUUCACUUGUCUCGGCUCUGGCCGGGGAACAUGUAUGUUGGUUAACGAGAACAUCUGUCUCAACACCUGUAAUCAAAUCCGGAGCAAGAAAUCCUGGUGCUAAUCACAGCAGAAAUGGCCUCAAGACUCGAACAGAGAGAAAGCAGACACCUUUGCAGACGCAGAAUAAGUCUCAGAACAAAAGGAUGGAUAAACGUCAAAAUGACGCAACUAAUGGACCUAUGCAUGCAUCUACAAGUCAAAAACAGCAAGUUUGGAGGCCAAGAUCUCAGACCAAAGUGGAUCAAAUUGGUUCUGAUGGCUGAUUCUAUAUCUUUUGCUUAUGAACAGUGCAAUUCGGGGAAGACAUAUCAUAUACAUAGUUUUCUUGGUUGGAGGUAAUACCGAUAUCCUUAUAGCCUACACCUAAUGAUGAUAAUGUUUGAUAUAUUGUCCAUUUUUGAAGAAAAAUCAUGACGGAUAUGCGCUACUUUUUGUUUGUAUACCGUGCCUCAGUACAAAUAGUCACGAUGCUUGUGCAGAAGCACAUGUAGAAGCUUGAAGCUGAGUACCAAUGCAGUACUAUUCUUUGAACUGGACAACAUUUGAUGUUUUGUUUUGGUUGUAAGCCAUGCUGAUGUGACAAAACUUUUA